AUGACAGGAACCGUCGUGAUUCAAGAUGGAAUGGAUGAGCCCUCAGAACAUUUAACCAAGAAACUUCAGACUACUGAUUGUGUUACUAGUACUAUUCGUAAGCACGCCUGUCAUGCUGGCAUUUGUCAUAAUAGUACAACCUAUAUUCAUGGUUGUGAUACUUAUCAAGAUGAUCAAUGUGAUAAUCUUACUGUUCAUUUUGAUAUUUACAAUUCUACUAGUUGGCGUAAUACAACUUGUCAUCUUUAUGCUUGUUACGAGGAGGUGACAGAAAAUUGUGGGACUGCCUAUUUGAUUUUUAAAUCUUGUAGUAAUGGUGAUUGUCGGAAUGGUGUUACUCAUAUUCAUGCUUGUUAUAGUUCUUCUUAUCCAAUGAACCAACGUACUGGUGCAUCUGCUCUCUCUGGUCUUGAUGUUGAGAAUGGUGUUGAUGAUAUUUUUGAUAUUCCUUGUGUUAAUCUUCUUUUUUAUACUUAUCGUCGUACUCGUUUUGGCAGUGGCAAAUAA